UAAAGCAUCAGUUUCACCUCUCGGGGUGGAGCGGCUCCCUCAACCCUAGCGGGGAAUGUCUAACCCGAGCAUGGAGGGCAGCGAUAGCACCGUCGCCCCUUUUGGGAGGGAGGGGGAGGGCAUCGGCCGCGUUGUCCUUCUCUUUCCCUCCGCCCCCCCGCCCCGGGCACGCAGGUGUCAGACCGGGCUGUGCUGCCCGCAGCACGAUGGUGGGGGCUGCGAGGGACAGCAUGGAGCGCCCGGAGGAGGAGGUGGAGGAACGCAGGCUGUCAGUUUGCAGUAAGUUGUGCUAUGCCAUAGGAGGUGCCCCGAAUCAAGUGGCAGGGAGCGCGGCUUCCUUCUUCCUGCAGAUCUACCUGCUGGAUAUAGCCCAUAUUACUCCAUUUCAUGCCUCUUUGGUGCUGUUUAUUGGCAAAGCCUCAGGAGCUGUUACUGAUCCCGUUGCUGGCUUUUUUAUCAGCAAAAGUAGAUGGACAAAAAUUGGCCGUCUCAUGCCUUGGAUGCUGGCAUGUACACCCUUCACAGUAGUGUCCUACUUUUUCAUGUGGUACCUGCCUCCUUUUGUAUCAGGAAGGGUUGUAUGGUACCUGAUUUUCUACUGCAUUUUCCAAGCACUGACCACAUUAUUCCAAGUGCCAUAUUCUGCUCUCACCAUGUUUCUCAGCACAGACCAGAAAGAGAGAGAUUCUGCAACAGCGUACCGAAUGACAAUGGAAGUCCUCGGGACCUUGGUUGGAGCUGCACUUCAGGGGCAAAUUGUGGCCAGCGCUCAUCUCUCUCACCACUGCACUUUGAACCCCCCAGUAAACACCACCAGCCCUACCUACUCCUUGCACAACACUUCUGGCUUUCCUGAGCCUUCAGACCCCUUGUCUCAUCAAGCAAAAGUCUACAUGAUUGCAGCAGGGGUUAUAGGAGGUAUAUAUCUCCUGGGAAUUAUCAUUCUUUUCCUUGGAGUAAAGGAAAAAGAUGAUCCUUAUGCCUUGAGUUCAGACGCAGCAAUUCCUUUUUGCAAGGGGCUUGGACUCACCAUGAAGCACGGCCCAUAUGUGAAACUUACAGCUUCGUUUCUUCUCAUCUCAGCAGCGGUUCAGCUUGAGCAGAGCAACUUCAUCCUAUUCUGUACUCAUGCAGCUGAUCUUCGCAAUCACUUCCAGUAUUUGGUGGUGACCAUCUUGGUAUCAGCAGCUGUGAGUAUUCCCUUCUGGCAGAAGUUUCUGCAGCGGUUUGGCAAGAAGUGUGCAGCAUGUGGGAUUUCGUGGAUGAUUCCUUUUGCAGUCAUGCUGGUGACCAUUCCAAACCCAAUCCUGGCUUACUUCGUGGCCUUUGUCUCCGGUCUGAGCAUUGCAGCAUCUCUGCUGUUGCCAUGGUCAAUGCUGCCUGAUGUUGUUGACGACUUUCGCCUGCAGAAUCCUCACAGGAAAGGACAUGAAACCAUUUUCUAUUCUUCUUAUGUUUUCUUUACCAAGAUGUCAGCGGGAAUUGGCCUGGGAAUUUCUGCAGCUUGCCUGGAGUUUACUGGGUACAAGCCAGGAAUAUGCAGACAAUCCAAGGACGUGAUCCUCACUCUGAAAAUCCUCAUUGGAGCAGUUCCUGCCGUCCUCAUCCUCGUAGGUUUAUUUAUACUUCUCUUCUACCCAAUCACUGAAGAAAGUCGGAAAGAAACAAAGCUCGCACUUGAAGUGUUAAGAAGGAGCCAUCAAAGCACAGAGAACCUGGAUGACCACAAAGAGGACACCUCACUCUGAAUGUUCUGAAUACGGAGUCUUCCUAAACUCAAUUUCACAUCCCACACACAAACUCUGUGAGAGUCUCUUGGGUCAUUUCCGUGCUCCCAUAUUGUCAGAAAGAAUAAACAAUGAUUCUGAUAUUCAGUAAUGAAAUCAAGUGGGGGAAAUCACCGUGCAAAAAUUAGGUAUAAUUCUAUGUGCUGUUCUAGAAGAGACAUUGCAACCAUUCAGGAAUGCAACUAUUGGAGAUUUGGGGUUAUUUGUUUCUUUGUUCUUCAGUGAUAAUAUAAAGCUGCAAUCUUUUUGCAGCAGGAUGGUCUAUGAACUCGUAGGCCAAGGGAACAGCACGCACAUUUGGUUACUACCCACAUUUUAACAUCUGAUAUCUAUCAGCCUCAGAGGUUGGGGUGGUUUCUGAACCUAUAAGCCCAAUUUCUAUAUAUAAAUUGCACAGCAGUGUGUUCAGGAAGCACUUUGGAAUCCCAGUGUUUGCCAUAAACAUAAAUGUUUGCUUGAUAAAAGGUGCAACUAAUGGCUGGUGCUUUGUGGGGUAGUUAAGUUCAGGCCUUGUCAUUUGAGGCUUGAAAGACACCUCCAAUCUCAGGCUAAAAUGACUGGACUCUGAAGGAAGAUAUCUGAAUUUGGAGGGGAGAGCGAUGAACCCAAGAGCUGAAGGCUUGUUCUCAUAAAGAAACCAGCACAGUGCAAGACAAGGCACAAAUUUACAGACCACUGUCUGCACUUAUGAACAUAUGAGAGGGUGCCUUAAUUCUGUACUGGAAGUGCCUUUGGAUGAGCAGCACAACACACUGGGAGGUGUCACUGGGGAUAGUGAUCAUAAGGGGUUUGCUCAGGGCCAUCUGGGGAGGCAAAUCUUGGUGGUGGGACUGAAAGCUGGGAGAGACACUGUGAAAUAAACGCAGCACGUCCACAAAGUGUCUCGUGAAGUUUAAUAUAGAAACCUAAACCUUUUCAGCCAAGUCUGAGAGCUAACGAACUGUCCUAAUUUGGUAAAGUGCUUAAUUACGAGUGAGCCUUUAAUUGUAUUUUGAGUGUGUGUGGGUAAGAGUGAAUGUUUAAGACUUGUAUCGAACCAACACCUGGGGAUGGGGGUUUUUUUAGGCUUCAGCUCCUGAACAAACAAGGAUUUGCAUUGCCUGGGGUGUAUGUGUUUACAACAAUAAAAACCAUAAGUCUGUUUACAGUUUUCAGUCUAAUAGAAUAUGAAAUACAAGUUCACUUCAAGUGGGUAAAUGAUGUAGUAUUAUUACAGAGCUCUUAAAAAACAUAGAAAACAAUCUGUGGGGUUUGAUUUGUUCUGUAACAUUUGUGUCUGUCUGAAUGGUCUCCUUUAAGAACAUUCAGAAGUCCCAGUAAGUCUCUAUUCACUUUAAUGGGUUUUGCUUUCAGCUGCUAUGAAUCUGUAGCUACAAGGUAAAGAUUCCACAUCAGUUACUUAAGCCAACAUCUUGGUCCAGUGAUAAAGAGGCUGCAGAAACUCCUGGCUGACCAGAAACACUUGAAUAUGGCCUAAGAUCCUAUUGCUGGAUCAGUUGUGGAGUUGCCUUUAACCUGCAUAGCAACCCCAUUUAAUUUCUUGCACGGUAAGCUUGUUUGAUUGGCCACAAACUGUAAAGUUUGGUCAUAAACUUGUAAGGGGUUUUUUUUGUGUGACUUUUUUUCAGAGCUUAUUGUUGGUGCUGUAAAACAAACUUUGUACAUUUUCUUGUGAGUUCUAAAUGAUGUGUACUUGGUAUGUGACUGGAAGAAGAAGAUUCUCUUAUUGACAUCCAUUCAUAUAGGUACCACUCAAACAUAAACCUUCUGCCUCUUCUGAUCAUCAUUAAGAAGGGCCAGGCUCCCUCCCCAGGGCUCUCAUUCAAGUAAUACCCAAAUAAACUGUAUGAACAAGGGA